CCAACAUGAUGCGUUUAGUAAUCAGCCUCGUGAUACUGGUAGCGUACUCACAAUGUGGAGUCAUACAUUCAGGCGGGCAGACGACAGGAGAAGAAUGGGCGACAGAGAAAGGUUCCUCCUCCAAGGCCUCGGCAGCCGAACACACAGCGUGGGAGAGGUCCAGUGGUAAGAAGUGGGCAGGUGAAAGUGGAGGCGGUCAGCAGUGGGAAAGUUCCUCAGGGGGUGCUCAGGGAUCACAGGCGGGCUUUAAUGAGGAGUGGUCUAGUGGGUCACAGGGAGCGUCACGUCAGCAAUCCGGGGGAAGCUGGUCUAAAGGAUCUCAGUCAGGAUCAAAGAGAAGCUGGAGCAAAAAGUGGGGCAGCUCAUCCGGGGGUUCUGAACAGUCCGGAGGAAGCUGGUCUCUCGGAGCACAGGGAGGAAAAGCAUGGAGAAAGGAGUGGGGAACUAAGCCCGGCUCUAACAAAUUCUGGAGCACGGAGUGGGGCUCAACCUCAGGUGGUGCCAAUGGAGCUGGACGAAGCCAAGGGUCACAACAAUGGAGCGAGGGGUCAAGAGGGGGAUCCAGUCAGUCAGGAGGACAAUGGAGCGAGAGUUCACAGGGAGGAUCACAAGGGCAGUGGAGUUCUGGGGGAUCACAACAGUCUGGCGGAUCCCAGUGGACAGAGGGCUCUGAAGGAGGCUCUGGGGGAGCAGUACAAUCCGGGGGUCAGUUGGAGAGAACGGAAGGAGGUUCUGACGAUAGAUCUGAUGGGCAUUUUGGAGUAGAACAGUCUCAAAGCUCAAGUGGAUCAUCCGGAUCUGCUGGAUCCAGUGGUUUUGGUUCACAGUUUGCUGAAUCCCAAAGUGGUUCUGGGGCUUCCACCAAUGGAUUUGGCGGAAGUCAGAGUGCAUCAUCAAGUGGAUCCAGGGCGGGGUCUAGCGGAUUUGGGUCCAAUUUUGCUGAAUCCCAAAGUGGUGCCGGAGCUUCAACCAAUGGAUUUGGCGGAAGUCAAAGUGCUUCCUCAAGUGGGUCUAGGGCGGGGUCUAGUGGAUUCGGGUCCAAUUUUGCUGAAUCACAAAGCGGCUCUGGAGCUUCAUCCGAUGGAUUUGGCGGAAGUCGAAGUUCAUCGUCAAGUGGGUCCAGGGCUGGGUCUAGUGGAUUCGGGUCCAAUUUUGCCGAAUCCCAAAGCGGUGCAUCUGCCCAAUCAGGUCAUGGAGGAAGUCAAAGUCACGCCUCAAGCGGCGCCAGUGCAGGUUCCCAUGGACAUGGAUCUAGUUUUUCCGAGUCUCGCAGUGAUGCAUCAGCGAGCUUAGGAAAUGGCGGAAGUCACAGCCAGGCGUCCAGUAGUUCUCACGCGUCUUCCAGUAGUGACGGUGGUUCUGCCGGCGCCUCCAGCGGAGCUUCUGCGAGCGCCAAAGGAGGAAAACAUUUUGGAUUUAAAGGAUUUAGACAUGGUGGCGGAGAUUAGGAAUGAUUGAACGGCUGCAUCAUCAACAUCAAAAAAUCCAUAUCAAUAAUUAUUUAUUUAUUCCAAUAAUAAAAUUACACAAAUUAUUUUU